AUGAAAGUACCGACUCUACUAACACAGGCCAUUGGCCUUGCUUUGUUUUUUGGUGUUGCUGUUGAAGCCAAUGCGUACUCAAGAACUGAUGCCUGCCACCCGCAUCAUCCAUUCAAGCCGCUCCCCGCCAGCCACGCCCGGCAUAAGACUUGCCAUGUCCCCAGCCAUGGCAAUGGGAAGGACGACUCGGCUAAUAUUCUGUCGACCCUGAAGAGAUGCAAUAACGGUGGCAAGGUCGUCUUUGAUGCUGAUAAGACAUAUACUGUGGGGAAGGCAAUGGAUUUGACUUUCCUUCAGCAUGUGGAUUUGGAAAUCCUGGGCACAGUCCAAUUCACCAACGACACCGAUUACUGGCAGGCCAAUGCUUUCAAGCAAAUCUAUCAAAACGCGACGACUUUCUUCCAGCUCGGUGGCACAGACGUCAACGUCUAUGGCGACGGCACACUCGAUGGCAAUGGACAGGUCUGGUAUGACUUGUAUGCCGAGGAUGCUCUCAUUCUGCGACCAAUUCUCGUUGGCAUUAUUGGGCUACAGGGAGGUACUAUUGGUCCUCUCAAGCUUCGAUACUCACCGCAGUGGUACCACUUUGUUGCCAACUCGUCGAAUGUUCUCUUUGAGGGCAUUGAUAUUUCUGGGUAUAGCAAGAGCGCCCAUACGGCUAAGAACACUGAUGGAUGGGAUCUCUACCGGUCGACGAACAUUGUUAUUCAAGACUCCGUGAUUAACAACGGCGAUGACUGCGUCUCUUUCAAGCCCAAUGUUACCGACAUUGUUGUCCAGAACCUCCACUGCAAUGGUUCCCACGGUAUUUCUGUUGGUUCCCUUGGACAGUACAAGGGCGAAGUCGAUAUUGUCGAGAACGUUCUUGUUUACAAUAUUUCGAUGUUUAAUGCAUCUGAUGGUGCUCGCAUCAAGGUCUGGCCUGGUGUUUCCUCUGCUCUGUCUACCGAUCUGCAAGGCGGAGGAGGCUCGGGUAGCGUCAAGAACAUUACCUACGACAUGAUGACUAUUGACAAUGUCGAUUACGCUAUUGAAGUCACCCAGUGCUACGGACAGAGUAACCUCACCCUCUGCAAUGAGUACCCCAGUAGCCUCACCAUCUCUGAUGUGCACUUCACCAAUAUCAAGGGCACAACCUCUGGCAAAUACGACCCCGUGGUCGGAACAAUUGUCUGUUCCAGCCCAGAUGUUUGCUCGGAUAUCUACGCCACUGAAAUCGAUGUCACUAGCCCUUCGGGAGACAACUCGUUUACUUGCAAAAAUGUCGAUGAUAGCUUGCUGGAUGUUAAUUGCACCACCUCCAGCUAG